AUGCUUAUAGUUCGGCCUGGCUUUUUGAAAAGAGAGCUAUUGGUCAAAGGGCUCUUGUCAAGACUAUACUCGACAAAAGUUCCUGAUAAUUCACCGAGAGCGGCUGACAACGAAGUAUGGUUAGAAGCCCUAAGACCCAUGAAUCCAUCAAGACAAGGAAGGCAGAAGUACAAUCGUGGUAAUGGUCAAACGGAUUUGAUUAAAGUCCCGCUGGGUGAAGUGACAUCUAUCAACUACCUACAACGGUAUAAUAAACACAAGCAUAACCAGGGCAAUUUCGUUGAUGUUCGAAUUGUGAAAUGUAGAAGUGGCGCUGGUGGAAGUGGAGCUGUCUCAUUUUUCAGGGAUGCAGGAAGAUCUAUUGGUCCUCCAGAUGGUGGAGAUGGUGGCGCUGGUGGUAGUAUUUAUGUUCAAGCGGUUGUUGCAUUAGGAUCUUUGGCGAAAAUGAAAACUACAUAUAUUGCGGACGACGGAGAGGCUGGUGCUGCCAGGCAAUUGGAUGGUAUGAAAGGCAAAGACGUUCUGAUACAAGUCCCCGUAGGAACCGUUGUGAAAUGGUGUCUGCCGCCUCAAAAAGUUCGGGAGAUUGUUGAAGGGGAAAUUGACAAAGACAAGGACAGCACAUUAAGAACUAUACUGGCCUCUAAGACCAUCAAUUUAAGCACCUCUUGUAGUUCACAUCAGAAAAAAAUACAAUUGUAUAGACAGGAGAUGGCAGAAAGCUGGCUUUUCAAAGACAAGUCCCAAGAAUAUCAUGAAAAUAAGGAUUGGUUUAAGAAUUUGCACAAGAGAAUGGAGUCGUAUGACCAUUCUUUAGGACAAUCCGAACUAUUCUACGACCAGUUUCCUUUGACUGGGCUUGAUUUGGAACAACCCAUGUCCAAACCGAUUUGCCUGUUGAAGGGUGGCCAGGGCGGGCUCGGCAAUAUGCACUUCUUAACAAACUUAAUCAGAAAUCCGAGGUUUUCCAAACCCGGUAGGAAUGGCUUGGAGCAGUAUUUUCUAUUUGAAUUGAAAAGUAUUGCUGAUCUCGGCCUGAUUGGUUUACCCAAUGCAGGCAAAUCAACGAUACUGAAUAAAAUCUCUAAUGCAAAACCGAAAAUUGGUCAUUGGCAAUUCACUACACUUAACCCUACUAUUGGUACAGUUUCGCUGGGCUUUGGCCAAGACGUCUUUACCGUGGCUGAUAUUCCUGGGAUAAUCGAGGGCGCAUCAUUAGAUAAGGGAAUGGGCCUUGAGUUUUUGAGGCAUAUAGAACGUUCCAAGGGUUGGAUAUUUGUACUAAAUCUGGCUAACGAAACUCCUGUUGAUGAACUGCGGUUACUGAUAGAAGAAGUCGGUGGUCUAGAGAAGGUCAAGACCAAAAAGGUGCUGGUUGUGUGUAACAAAGCUGAUAUUGACUUCGAAAACUCCAAAUCGUUGGCCAAGUAUAUACAAGUAGAACACUUUUCCAAAAGUCAAGGGUGGGAUUGUGUUCCGAUAAGCGCUCUUAGAGAAGAAAACAUAGAAGUGUUGAAACAAAAGAUGUUUGAGUGUGCUCGCGGAUCCCAAGACGAUGCCAGCCCCACACCAACCAUUUGA